AUGAUCCACUCUGGACUCGAUAGCCACUGUAACCCGCAGCACAGCCCAACGCUCAUAGCACCGAAGAAGGCACCAACUAACGCACAAGGCCCGGAGUCCGCGGGAGGAGCCGACCGACGGACGAGCUGCAGACCCCAGCGGGACUGGCGGGCCACCCACUCGCGUCCCGCCUACCCUUUAACUACAUCUGUGUACCUGCCAGUGGAGCCUGACGACUACCGGGAGUGGCAGGGCCCCAGGGCUGCAGCAGCACCCCACCACGUUCGAAGAUGCCAUCGGCGAAGGCGGCCCCCCUGUGGUCACCCACGGACCAGGGACUUCCCUAUGGGAACUUGA